UGCGCAAACCCGGGAGCGCCAGAGCUCGGCGGCGCGGGGCGCGGGGCGUUUGGGGCUGUUAACCGAAGCCUGGGCACCCGCGAUUGCGCAGGCGCCUCGGGGAGAGCGGCCUCGCCCUUGUCCGUUCAGGUCUCUUUUUGCCCACGCGCCCCACGAGCGGCAGGUUCCGCGAGCGCCGAGUUCCGCGGGCGCCGAGUUCCGUGCGCUGGAAAGACGCGGCGGCGGGUGAGUGUGAGCGCGCGCCCGGGCGUUCUGCAGGGAAAUGCCACCCCCUCCCGGUGCCCCUAGGGGCUUCGGCCCGAGAGGUGGUGGGACACCUGCCCUGUGGCGGGAUCCCCACACGCACUGAUAUUUACAUACAUACCCCCGGGUGCUGCCUGCGACGCCCGGGACAGACCCGGGCGGGGGGCCGGGAAGGCGGCGAGGGAAGAGGCAAGAGCCUCUAGCAGGAGCCCUGAUUGCUUUCCUUCAACACGUUCAUUAUGAAGUUAUUAAUAUUACUUUUAUUUUCUGGACUUACAACUGGCUACAGAGAAAAUUCCUCCCACAGUUUGCCACCCAAAUUAUUACUGGUGUCCUUUGAUGGAUUCAGAGCUGACUAUUUGCAGAACUAUGAAUUUCCCCAUCUCCAGAAUUUUAUCAAAGAAGGUGCCUUGAUAGAGCACGUUAAAAAUGUUUUUAUCACAAAAACAUUUCCAAACCACUACAGUAUUGUGACAGGCUUGUAUGAAGAAAGCCAUGGCAUUGUGGCUAAUUCCAUGUUUGAUUCAACCACAAAGAAAAAUUUUUCUGACUUCAAUGACAAGGAUCCUUUUUGGUGGAAUGAAGCAGUACCUAUCUGGGUCACCAAUCAGCUUCAGGAAAACAGAUCAAGUGCUGCUGCUAUGUGGCCUGGUACUGACGUAUCCAUUCACAAUACCACACCUUCGUAUUUUAUGAAUUAUAGUUCUUCAGUGUCAUUUGAGGAGAGACUAAAUAACAUUACCAUGUGGCUGAGCAAUUCAAGCCCACCAGUCACCUUUGCAGCACUCUACUGGGAAGAACCUGAUGCCAGUGGCCACAAAUACGGACCUGAAGAUAAAGGAAACAUGAGCAGAGUGUUAAAAGAAGUAGAUGACCAUAUUGGGGAUCUGGUUCAUAAACUCAAAAUGGUAGGGUUAUGGGAAAAUCUUAAUGUUAUCAUUACAAGUGAUCAUGGGAUAACCCAGUGUUCUGAAGAAAGAGUAAUAAACUUGGACCUCUGCCUUGAUCACUCAAACUACACUGUCAUAGAUUUAACCCCAGUUGCUGCAAUACUUCCCAAAACAAAUAGAACAAAGGUUUAUAACAAACUGAAAAGCUGUAACCGUCACAUGAAAGUCUAUCUCAAAGAAGACAUUCCUGCCAAAUUUCAUUACCAACAUAAUGAUCGAAUUCAGCCUAUUAUUUUAGUUGCUGAUGAAGGCUGGACAAUUGUGCUUAAUAAUUCUUUAACAAAAUUAGGUGACCAUGGUUAUGAUAACUCUCUGCCUAGCAUGCAUCCAUUUCUAGCCGCCCACGGUCCUGCAUUUCACAAAGGCUACAAACAGAGCACAAUUAAUGUUGUGGAUAUUUAUCCAAUGAUGUGCCACAUCUUGAGAUUGGACCCACAUCCCAAUAAUGGAACCUUUGGCCAUACCAAGUGUAUGCUAACUGACCAGUGGUGCAUUAAUCUCCCAGAAGCCAUUGGAAUUGUUACUGGUGCACUCUUGGUCUUAACCACUCUAACGUGCCUCAUAAUAAUCUUGCAAAAUAGACUGCCUGUGCCUCAUCCAUUUUCCCGACUUCAGCUGCAAGAUGAAGAUGAUGAUCCUUUAAUUGGGUAGUGUUGGGGUUUAUACCAAGUAUCUUUGGUUAGUCAGAAGGCCAAGUAUUUACCCUAAAAAAUGGUAUUAUAACUGUAAAAAUAUAUACAUUGAAGAAGGGACAAAAUUUUACACCAAACAUGCUAAAAUUAUUUCAUUUUUCCCUAUGUUUUGAUGCAUUAAAUGCGUAGCCUGGUUAUAUGAAGAUUGCUAAUAAUACAUUGAUUAACAUCAGUCCUUUCUCUGGAAAGUCUUUUUUGAGAAAAAUACUGCAUAUGCACUUUGUUUUUGGUUUUUGCAACAAAGGUCUGCUAUAUCUUUAGAUGAAAAAUUUGCCAACUUUCAGUGGGCAUACUUUUCUAAUUUUAUACUUAUAAAAGAAACAACAGAAAUCCUUAAACAAUUAGUGGGUUUUGUGUAUCGGGGGGAAAAGGUUUCUUGUAUUUUUAUAUUUACUUUUAGUAGAUUUUGAAUCUCCAAACCCAGGGAUAGGUGGUCUCUGUAGUGAAAAUAAAAUCUGUUGACUAGUCAGAAAAGAGCUGGUAGGGGCUGGAGCAAUAGCACAGCGGGUAGGGCAUUUGCCCUGCACACGGCUGACCCAGGUUCAAUUUCCAGCAUCGCAUAUGGUCCCCCGAGCACCGCCAGGAGUAAUUCCUGAGUGCAAGAACCAGGAGUGACCCCUGUGCAUCUCAGGGUGUGACCCAAAAAGCAAAAAAAACCAAAAAAAAAACAAAAAAAAACUGGUAUACAAAGAAAUUUUAAAUUUCAAGAAAAACUUUCAUGAAAAACUGACCAUGUAAUAUAAUACGUAAGCCUUCACCUUAUGUCUUUGUUAAAACUGUUAAGUUAUUGAUCUCAAAAGAUAUAUUCUGAAGAUAACUGCCAGUAAGAAAUUAAUAGAGUACUUUUUCUUUGUGUUCAUGUCUGUGUGCAGGUAUUUUAAUUGUGUGUGUUUGGCAUGCAAGUGUGUGUGUGAAUGUAUGGGUGUGUAGACCUUUUGCUUGAAUGCUUGGGUGUGUAGACUUGAAGUUACAUAAUCAGAGAUAGAUGAUAACUGGGUAUUUGUUGGACUUCCACAUUUUUGUAGAGCAGAGAUCUCAAGAAAGGUAGUUUUGACACUGCAUAUUAACUUGCUCUCUUUUGAUCCACAAGUUAAAAUUGUAAUUUGAAAUUUUUUAUUAAGUUUGGGGCCAGAGCGAUAGUACAGCUGGUAGAGUAUCUGCCUUGUAUGUGGCCAAGCCAGUUCCCAUCCCUGGCAUCUCGUAAGAUCCUCUGUGCCAAGGAGCAAUUCCCAGGCACAGAGCCAGGAGUAAGCCCUGAGCACCCCCAGGUAUGGUCCAAAAAACCAAAGGGAAAACAUUUCAUUAAAUUUUUUUGCCAUUUUCUCAAAUUAUUUACUGUAACUAGAAUACUUAGAAGUUCUACAGGAAAAUUUCUAUCCUGAGCACAAAUCUAGUUUUGACUGGAUCAAAAUAAGGAAUAGGGAUUUUAUGCUUACCUUUGAAACUUUAUGUCUUAUCUUGUUGGGAGUAGUUAUUUUAAUGGAAUUUAGAAUCAUAUACCUUACUCAUCUGUUAAGUCACCGAGUAAUAUCUUAGCACUAAUAAUAUUCUGUCACCUGAGUGCUACCUCUUUCUCCAAUAUUUGAUUCAUAGAGAUACUUUGGCUAUCUUUGCUAGGCAGCAGCUGUGAUAAACACAAUAUUAAUAUGAAUAUGAAGAAAACAGAUGCAGCAGACUAGAUUGUAUCUGCAAAAUGGAAAAUUUAGUUCAGGGACCAAUUAUCAGUACCUGAGGCAAGUGAUUAAUAUUAAUAGCAUGUCUUCUAAAUACAACAAGUAACUGUAGCAAACGUACAGCCCAGUUAAAUGGUGGUAAAGAACACAAAAUGAUGCCAGUUAUCAAACCUGUAAUUAUCUUGCUUGGCCUCUGCUGAUUUCCUUGUCCUAGUAUUUGGUGCCCUAUGUAUUUGAAAUAUUGAGAAGCAUUUCUAUUUUGUGUUAGUAACCCAUGCUAUUGGUCACAAGGUCCUGUAAUAAAACCAGCAUAACAAAUGAAUAAGAUGAAAUCAAUAGGAUUAAAUUUGCCUUUUAAUACUUUUUAAAAUAUUUUUCCCUCACAUAAGAGCUGAUAUGUACAAAAUAAUAGAAAAAUUUUUUUACUUUGGUUUCUAUAGAAAGCAAAGAAUGGGUUAAUUUAAAGCUGUAGACAUAUUUUGGAGUAUUCUAUCACAGAAGAAUAUUUUGUAAUAAUUGAAUAGAAGUUGGUCUUUCCGGUGGUGUCAGUGUUAGUACAUUAUUUUGAUGGGUGGUUAAAGUUUCAGAAUGUGUAAGUGUGACUUAGCCUGUGAGUUAUGUAUAUAGGCUAUAAUAGGAAGGGAUGCGCUGCCAGUGUCUUAACCCUUUCAAGGGAUGUCAUUACCUAUUUGUCUUGACUUUUAUUCCAUUCUCAAAAUAUUAAAUUAAAAUUGUAACAUUUUUAUGUAUAUGUUGACAGGACGAGAAUAUUUAUUUAAUCAGACUCUAUUAUAUUGAAUUUUAUAUUACAUCAUUUGUAUCUUAAAACAACACUUUUCAAGUCACUGAUUCUUCUAGUACUCUGAGAAACUCUUUUAGUAAAAUUAGCCUUUAUACACUGAGGUUUGGUGUAUAUUUUUGUUAAUUAACUAAUAUGCUGCUGUGUUUUCUGGAUAGUAGAAAAUAUUUGGUUUUAGGAAAAUCUGUUUCUGAUAAUAAAACUUACAGGCAAUAGAAAAGCCUUAUUUUUGUUAAUUCUGAGUGAAGUACAGUAACUAAAGAGUAAGUACAAUUCUUGUUUAUAAGGGGCAUUUCUGCUGUUACUAAUGUCCAAGAUUGUUUAUUCUGAAUAUAAUAAAAAUUAUUUUAAUGUGC